AUCACUAAUUUCUCACUAGAAAUUAUAGAGAAGUUUCUCAUGUUCAAACCAUAGGCUGAUCUAUCAUCACAAUUUCCAUACACACUCAAACACUAACUACCCACAACCCCUCUUUUCCAUUAUAUAAGUAGAAGAAGUUCAAUGAAUCACACUCACACUAAUUCAUUACAACAACAUUUCUAAGAGACAUAUAUUUCAUCUUAGUGUAAUUUUCAUUACUAAGCUAUCAUGGUUCAAGAAAAGAAGGUAGUGGAUGAGGUGUCCGGUUGGUUUAGAAUCUACAAUGACGGUUCGGUUGAACGAUCUUGGACCGGACCGCCUGAGGUUAAUUUCAUGCUUGAACCGGUCUCUCCCCAUACACAAUUCAUUGAAGCAGUUGCCACUCGUGACAUAACCACCACCACCACCCAUGACGGGUUAAUCCACCGUGCCCGUAUAUACCUACCGGAGAAAACACCAAAGGACAAUCACAAAUUGCCUAUACUCAUUCACUUCCAUGGUGGAGGUUUUUGCAUUAGUGAACCGGAUUGGUUCAUGUACUACCACGUUUAUACACGAUUUGUCCGGUCUACUCGGUCCAUUUGCGUCUCCCCAUUUCUUCGACGAGCCCCAGAGCAUCGUCUUCCCGCCGCUAUUGACGACGGGUUUACGACCCUCCAGUGGCUUCAGUCAGUGGCCAGGGGAGACGUAAGUGACCCGUGGCUUGAAGAACACGGCGACUUCAGUCGAGUUUUCCUCAUAGGAGAUAGCUCCGGAGGAAACUUAGUCCAUGAAGUCGCUGCUAGAGUGGGGUCCAUCGACUUGAGUCCAAUUUGGCUCGCCGGAGCAAUUCCCAUUCAUCCUGGAUUUGUCCGGUCAUACCGGAGCAAAUCCGAACUCGAAAUGCCACAAUCACCAUUUUUAACAUUGGACAUGAUGGACAAGUUCUUGAGGAUGGCACUACCAAUUGGAAGCAACAAAGACCACCCCAUCACUUGCCCAAUGGGCGAGGCGGCGCCGCCUCUUGACGGCCUGAAACUGCCGCCAUUUCUUCUUUGCGUGGCUGAAAAAGAUUUGCUUAACGAUACACAAAUGGAGUUUUAUGAAGCCAUGAAAAAAGCCAAUAAAGAUGUGGACCUUUUUGUGAGCAAGGGAAUGACACAUAGUUUCUAUCUCAACAAAAUGGCUGUGGAUUUGGACCACAAUGUUAAUGCUGAAAUGAAUGCAUUAAUUGGUAGGGUCAAAGAAUUCAUUGAAAACCACUAAAUUUUAAUAUCUUGUUUUGAUUUGUAGUAGUGUGCAUUAAUUGAUCAAGAGUGUCUAUUUUUGUUGCUAUAUAUAUAUAUAUGUUCCACUUGGUGGGAUUGAGUGAGUAGUUAUUUUUAACUAUAAAUGUGCUGCAACCUCUCUUAUUUUAAUAAUAAAUACAUAAUGUCAAUUUCGAUUAUUUA